GAUUCUAGCCUUCAGAUUUGGAUUUCUUGCAACAGCUUCGUCACUUGAGCCUGGGAGUUUGCAUGCGCUUUCACACUCGCGGUGAAUUGCUCAACGCCGGCGUUUAUUAUUUGUCUUUUGCUACUUUUCGGCGCAACUUCUUCCACAACGACAUCAGCCAUUGUCGGUAUUCAACUUUGAGCGUAACGCCGCUACACCAUGUCGGACAACGCUACCGCUCCCGCUGUUCCUCCUCAGGAGCACUUUGGCAGCAAGGCUCAUGAAUUGAUUGUUGCUACUGUCAUUGCCAUUGUGCUUCCGACCGUCUUCCUUGGUGUUCGCCUUUUGUCCAGACAUGUCAUGCGCAUUCGUCUUUACUUUGACGACUGGCUCAUCAUCAUCGCUUGGGUCUUCAAGAUCGGACUUGACAUCAGUGGCUCUCUGCUCAUCGAGCAUGGCAUGGGUCGCCCUAUCCAGGAAGUCAAGCCCUCCGACCUCGCCGAGUUCUUGAAGAUCCAGUACACGGGUGUCAUCCAGUACCCCCUCUGUGUCACCUUCACCAAGCUCUCCAUCUUGUAUCAAUACAAGCGACUCUUCCCCAACCGCGACUUCAAAAUGAUGGCCAAUGUCAUCAUCACCAUUAUGAUCAUGUGGUGCACUGCCAUUAUGUUUACCGGCAUCUUCAUGUGCACCCCCAUCCGCAAGGCUUGGGAACCCGCCAUCGACGGUACCUGCAUCGGUUUGGUGCCAUUCUAUUAUGGCAUGCAGAUUCCUAAUGUCAUCACUGAUGUUAUGAUUUUGCUGUUGCCAUUCCGCGAGAUCCAGAGGUUGGAGUUGCCGGGAAGACAGAAGAUUGGUGUUGCCAUUACUUGCUUUCUUUGGGUCAUCUCUUUGGCCUUUGGAGUCGUGCGUCUGGCCGUCAUGGUACAACUCGGCAGUAAAGGCAAUGACAUGACCUGGAUCCUCGUCGCCCCCGCAAUCUGGACAACCAUCGAACCAGCCGUCCAAAUCACCACCGCCUGUCUCCCUUCCAUCCGCGUCCUAUACCGCAAACUGGCAGACCGCAAGAGAAAAGCCCGCGCUACAUCACAACGUCUGCGUAGUCUUUCUCUGGGAUCGAGAAGAAGAGGCAGAAGCAGAGGUGAGGCGUAUGAUGGUUUGAGCAGUACUGGUGGGACUGAGCAGACUGCUGGGUCUUGGACUACUACUACUCUUACUGCGGGUAUGGGUGUGUUUAAGGGUGCUGCUGGUGGAGUGGUGGAUACCGGAAGGGAUGUUAGGGUUUGAGAGACUGUGACUCUUUUUUUCUUGUCUGAGUCGAUGCCCCUUGACUCUGGCCUUUUUUUUUGGUGUGAUGG